AUGUCAUCAAAUCAUCAUUCAAACUGUACACUUGGCGCAUCUGGCGCAUUAAAACGAUGUGAUUGUGGCGAAGAUGGAUGUGAUAGUGAGAAAUUGUGGAAUGAUUUCGAGAGUUGUGCACAAUCGGUCGCCAAAUUGUAUAGAGAUUCGAGUUGGAGAAGUUUUCGCGGAGCUGCCGAAGGAACUACACAACUUUAUAAGGUUAUUGAUUGGAAUCCUUGAAUUUGAUUUUCAAGAGGAAUCUUUGCGAUUCCUAGAAUCUUUUUAUGAUUUUGAUUGCAGCUUGCUAAUUAGUAGCAGCUGAAAAUAUUCAUAAUGAAUUGGUCAAUGAGUCAUCUUUGGGUCUCAGCACGAAUAUCAUGGAAAAUCUAUGUUUUCUAGUAGAUUUUGACCGGCUUAUCUCAAUCCCGUUAUCAAAAAAUACUUAGCUCAACUCUGAAUAUGAGUUAUUUUUGUUAGAGAUAAAGUUUGAUGACUUCACAAGGUUCUAACUAGGUUUCAUGAAAAUCUAGCGUUGUUCAGUGCUUCAAUCAUAGAUUCAUUUUUUUUGAAUAAUCUGUGAAAGUUCAGAAAAGUAUAAGGGUAUUCUGAACUUUGGGAGAUUUUUCAAAAAGUUUGAAAUCAGCAACCUAUAAUUAAAGCACUGCUGAGCUACGCUAUGCUCAUAUAUUUUCCUGAAAUCUAGAUAGAGUCUUGUAAAGUCACCAAUCUUUGGCACUUACAGAAUUAGCUCAUAUUUAGAGUUGGGCUAAGUAGUUUUUGACAGCGGGAUUAAGAUCAGCAGGGCAAAAUCUACUAGAAAACAUGGGGUGGAAUCUGAGCUAAAACUCCCAAGAAAGCUUUAGAAAUAUCGAUUCUUUUAUUUUAUAAUAAGCUAGUCCCUGAAAUUUCUCAAAACAAAGAUCAUUAUAAAUAUUUUCAGCUGCUAAUGAUAAAUUUAGCAAGCUGUAUCAUUAUCAUGAGAUCAAACUAAAUCCAUUGGAUAGUUGUCAUCGUAAUUAUCUGAAGCAGAAUCAGAAGUUCAUUUUCGAACUAAAAUUGAAUUUCUGUUUCUCAAAUCGAUAUUUUCCAAUAUAUAUUUUAAUUUCCAAAUCAUUAGAAAUUGUGUAAUUAUUUUUCCUAAAAACGAAAUUUCGAAACAGUGGAUUUUUCAAAAGGAAGAUGAUUUUUCACUGAUUUAAAAUUCAUUAGUCAAAUGACUAUCGCUGUAGAAAAAAAAUUAUUUUUGCAGACCUCAGUCGAUGGAUAUCGUCGCGGUUAUGACAAAGGUUUCCAAUCAGGCCGCAGCAGUUUGGCAAAAGAAAUAUUGGCAGCAUUCAGCAGCGCCUCAAAAUUCGAUUUGAAUAUUGUCUUGGAAGUUCUCUAUCGAAAUAUGCGAAUGUCGACGGAAGAAAAUGGAGAUAAUAGCCAACAAUUAGCAAUUAGCCAAGAAACUCUUGAAGCAAUGCAAUUAUUUCAACAAGCACUCACACAGCCACCUGUUUCCAAUAAUGUUAAUUCAUCACCAAUGAGAAAUAAUAAUCAGGCGAAUCCGGAAUUGAACACCUUUUUUAUGUCGCAGGUUGGUUUGGGGGAGAAAAUUGUUCAAAAAUUGGGAAAAUUUUGAAACAGUGAAAAUUACGUUUCAAAAUUUUAUGAAAAAAAAAUCAUUUUUAUCUCUGGCUGAUAGAUAAAUUAUGUUGUUUUUAUAAAAAUUAUUAUAAGAUCCCAUUUUUCAAAUAAAAAAUUCACUGUUUCAAAAUUUCUGAAUAAAAAAUGUAGAAUUUCAUUUAGUGAUCGCAAACAAUCCAGGAAUUUCACAGUAAUUUCAUUCCUUGAAAAUUUACUGUUUCAAAGUUUCAUAGAGUUUCAAAGUUGUUAUUUUCGGUGUUAAUCCUAGUGAAUCGAAUAUUUUUUUAAAGAAAAAUUAAUUUUAAAAAUUACUGUUUCAAAAUUCAAUUUAAAAUUGUGCAAGUUUCCGAUGUUAAUACACACUUAUAUUCGUUCCAAAAAAAAUAAAAAGUUCAUGCCAGUCGAAUUUAAAACAAUAUCUGAAUUUAAAAAAAUGUUGAAACGUAAAAUCUGCUGUUCUUUUAUUUUGAGGUGGAGAUUUUCAAUAAUUUUGAAGCAAAAAAUUAAACUAGAAAAACCGGCAGUACACUGUUCUUCAAAAUAGAAAUUUGAGUUAUAAAAAUAUUGAAACAGUAAAUUUUCUAGAAUUUCUUAAUUGGGUUUUUGGAGAAUUUUAAUUCAUAUAUUUUCUCAAAAUUCACUGUUUCAAAAUUUUAGGAAUUUCAAAGAAUUUUAGUUUAUAUCAAUAGUUUUUCGUUCCCAUCUACCUCGCCUGAAAUUAAUUUUCACUAAAAUUUUCACUUACAACAUUAACCCAAAAAAUUUACUGUUUCAAAUUUUUCAUAAUUUCGAAAAUGUGAAUUUCAAGAAUAAUACAUUAAUUGUGAGCAACAAAAACAAUUCUGAAAAAUUUCCAAAUUUCAAAAUAAAUUCCAGGUUCAACGCCACCGCAAACGUCAACGUUCUCCAACUUCCAACUCUUCGCAAUCUCCAAAUUCUCAAUCAAAAAGACAACGAAAAUAA